GCAACCCCACGGCCAGGCCCCAGGGACUCCAGCACCCCCUCGUUUUCAAACAGCUCCCUCGCAGCACCCAUGGCGGCCCAGCACCUCCCCUCAGACUGAACCGCCCUUCCCCCCCAGGAUCCCUGCGCCACAAGGGGGAAAUAGUUCCCCGUCGCCUUCACCAGCCCGGGGAACCUUCCCAGCCCAGCGGCGAGGCCCUGACUCCGGCGUGGCAGCAACCUCACCGCCGCGUUGCCGCGGCUCUGCCAGCAUCCCCGCCCCCUUGCCCAGGCUGCCGCUGCUCUCCGCUGCUCCCCUCCUUCUCCAGGCCCUGACAUGCCGGGCAUGAUGGAGAAGGGAGCAGAUCUUUUGGGGGGCAAGAGCCGGGCAGCCGCCAAUGGCACCAAGAGGAGCAGCCCCUCCAACGGGCACUACUCGGAGCCGGAGAGCGGCGGCGGCGACAGUGGCGACGAGCACGAUGUAGGAAUGAGGGUCGGAGCAGAAUACCAGGCGCGCAUUCCCGACUUCGAGCCCGGUGCCACAAAAUACACUGAUAAAGAUAAUGGAGGGAUGCUUGUAUGGUCUCCAUAUCAUAAUAUUCCAGAUGCCAAGUUGGAUGAAUACAUAGCAAUAGCAAAGGAAAAACAUGGAUACAACGUGGAACAGGCUCUCGGCAUGUUGUUCUGGCACAAACACAACAUUGAGAAGUCCCUUGCGGAUCUUCCCAACUUCACUCCUUUCCCUGAUGAGUGGACAGUUGAAGAUAAAGUCCUGUUUGAACAAGCAUUUAGCUUCCAUGGAAAAAGCUUUCACAGGAUCCAGCAAAUGCUUCCAGACAAGACUAUUGCAAGCCUUGUAAAAUAUUACUAUUCUUGGAAGAAAACUCGCUCGAGGACAAGUCUGAUGGACCGCCAAGCUCGGAAACUAGCAAACAGGAAUAACCAAGGUGACAGUGAUGAUGAUGUAGAAGAAGCUCAUCCAAUGGAUGGAAAUGAUAGUGAUUAUGAUCCAAAAAAAGAAGCCAAAAAGGAGGUAACAGAUAGCUUAACGGGCAAUAAUGAGCAGCCUGUUCAGACCAGCAAAAUAGGUCUGGGUAGAAGAGAGUAUCAGAGCUUGCAGCAUCGCCACCAUUCUCAGCGUUCCAAAUGCCGUCCACCAAAAGGCAUGUACCUGACCCAGGAAGAUGUGAUAGCUGUUUCCUGUAGUCCCAAUGCAGCCAACACAAUUCUUAGACAGCUGGAUAUGGAACUUAUCUCGUUAAAGCGACAGGUUCAAAAUGCUAAGCAAGUAAACAGUGCACUUAAACAGAAAAUGGAAGGCGGGAUUGAAGAAUUCAAACCUCCUGAGUCUAAUCAGAAAAUCAAUGCCCGUUGGACCACAGAAGAGCAGCUUCUUGCAGUACAAGGUGUCCGAAAAUAUGGUAAAGAUUUUCAAGCUAUUGCAGAUGUAAUUGGCAACAAGACUGUUGGCCAAGUGAAGAACUUCUUUGUAAACUACAGGCGUCGGUUUAACUUAGAGGAGGUAUUGCAGGAAUGGGAAGCGGAACAAGGAACCCUGGCUUCUAAUGGUGAUGCUUCUGCUUUAGGGGAGGACACAAAAAAUACUUCUAAUGUGCCAUCAGGAAAGAGCACUGAUGAAGAAGAUGAGGCACAAAGCACUCCGGCCACUCAGUGUUUAGGCCCUUCACCUCCAGCACAGGCAUCUGCUCCGGCACCUACCGCUCCCAUGGCAACUUUAAAUCAGCCGCCCCCGUUACUUCGUCCAGCGCUUCCUGCUGCUCCUGCUCUCCAUCGUCAGCCUCCCCCACUGCAGCAGCAGGCACGGUUUAUUCAGCCAAGGCCAACUCUAAACCAGCCUCCCCCACCACUCAUCCGCCCAGCUAAUUCCAUGCCUCCUCGUCUCAACCCAAGGCCGGUGUUAACUACAGUCAGCGGCCAGCAGCCGCCUUCGCUUAUUGGAAUUCAGACAGAAUCUCAGUCCACUCUACACUGAAGAAAUAAGCAGAAUUAUGUUAACUCCUACAUCUGAAAAUAAAUGUAUCCAUUUUUUUUUUUCCCAAACAAUGAAGGAGAGAAAAGAGCAAGCCUUCACAGGUGUCAGACCAGUUCUGCAGAGGAGCAAGCUAAUAACGGAACCAUGUGAAUGACCACCUGUAUAAAAGUAUUUUUAUGUCAAAGACUUGUACAGCAGAACAAUGCCUACAAUACAGCCCUCCUCUAGACAAAUAACUGUUGAAGGAAGCUAACUUCUUAAAUGAAUAAAUGUUCAACACACCAAGAUUUUGUUUAACUGAUUUUUACUCUAUUUAUUUUAUUACAGUUCUUUGUAGUCAAACAUCUUAACGACAGGAAAGUAGUCUGGCAAAUCUAGAAAUAGAUAAUACUGUAGGAGACUUAAAUGUAGUGUUGGGGGGGUUUGUGUGUGUGUGUGUGAGGGUUUUUUUGGUACAUUUUAGUGCUAAAGAACAAUGGCCUUAGAUUCAGAAUUUUUGGCCCUGUCUAAAUAACGGUAGAAGCAUUUCAUGCACUUGUAGAAUGUAGUUGUUUUCUUCUCUUCAUGUUCUUCCUAAAACACUUUUUUCUUCUUUAAAAAGGUACUGUCUUAUUAAAUGCUCUUCUGAAAGAGUAUGCUGAAGACUCAGUGAGCUAUUGUACCAAACUUAGUAAUUCUCACACGUGUUCUACUCAUGGAAGUUAGGAGUCCAGUUUCCUGUUGCAGUAUCUCCUGUGGGGUAGAGAGGGGCAGUGACUUCUACCACCCGGGGGAUGAGAGGAGAGGAAACAUAGCAAGAAGCAUUAAUUAAAUUCUGAGUUUCCACUAAUACUUUUAUUUAAGUGCAGUAGAAUUUCAGUCUUCUGAGAAUGGCUGUCUUCAAUUUGUGUUGUUAGGUUAUCUUGCCUAAGAAUUCAUGAGGGAAGUAGAGAGGUUAAUGUUGAUAGUAGAAUGUUGUGGCAGUAGAGCUACCUGCUGCCACCCCAGUCUUGCUGUUAAAUGAUUAUCUCUGAUUUCUGCUAUUUCUGGCAGAGCUAAUUUAGCUAGGUUGAGGCUGUUGUACAUUUCCUUUUCUUUUGUUUCUCUGACUGAAAAUCUGUGGGUAUUAUUGCUUCCAAAUUUUAGGAGAUCAAAAGGGAUUCUUUCCGCACUGUUCUUGUCUGAAACCUUAGUUUAUGUCCUACAGUGGUUUGGGGUGUGGUGUGUUAUUUUUGGUUUGUGAGCUGUUGGUUGUUUUUUUUUUUGGGGGGGGGGGAGUUGGUCUGUUUAGGAUUUUGUCUGUUUAGGAUUUUUUCUGGUUUCGUUUUCUUGUGGCUUUUUUUAAACAUAGAUGCCUCUACCCUUAAAGUAAACCAGGCUACAAAUUUGAGUAGCACUGUUUUGGAACUAUGUGAAUAUGAAUCAAGCUAUUGAAAAAUACUACAUUCUUGACUAUGUAAUAACAUUCUUGUUGACUGCCCUACUCCAUCGAAAGUUAAUCUUUCCUACAGCCAAAAUGAUUCUUGAAAGUCCUUUUCAAUCCAUUCUGUUAUUAACUAGAUUUGCUCUUGACUAAAAUGACUGUUUGAAAAUAGAAUGUGCUCUCCCUUGGAUUUUUUCACAGAUGAAUUGGAUGCUCUGAUGAUCAGUUUAGCAGGUGGCUACAGCCUUUUUCUGCGUAAAGGGAAGUUCUUUAGCAUCAGACCCUAUUUCAUUUGUAAAUCUAGUAUUAAAGUUGGAUGAUUGUGGCCUGAAUCGCAGUUAGUGUUGACUGUUAUGGUUUAGUUCUUCACUUAAAAACAUUUUCACAUAAACUGGGUUAUUUUUUUUAAUUCCCCAGCAGCUCUCACUGGUGUACUGAGGUCUCAUGCAAAAGGUCGUUCUUGCAAAUUUUCUUUUGCAGCAGAGUAGAUGCUUAGCCACUCUGUGCACAUCAGAUGACCUCUCUUCUAAUGAAAGCAGCAUUGUGAAACAAGCACUGAGGAAUCUGUGGCCAUAAGUGUCCCCUCACCCUCAAUCUGGCUGCUCUCCAAACAUUAAAACCAGUCCAAAACUGAUCCGGUACGUGUUGACAUCCUGAGUAUCUCACUUUAGUUGUUAAUAGUGAUAAGGUGCAUCUCCAGGAUUUUUUUCUUCUUCUUUCUUUUUUUAUUUAGCAUUGAGUCUCCCCAGGUGUGUGUAUUGUACCUUUUGCUAAACUUUGUCUUGUCUCUUGUCAAUAGCCUUCAGUAUGCAGAAUGUUGGGUGUUGCAGUACAGUUGGCCACCACCAACUGCUAUAAAACUGUUCAGUACAUUGUAAUUCCAUUUGAUCUUGUUUAAAUAUUCUACAACUGGGCAAAGGUGCUGUAUUUGAAGGGGGGAGGGAGGGUCAGAGAUGGGUAGUAUUUCUUAAUUUGCAUACACUGUAGCACACAGUAGGGAACUCCUAGCAUUUGUAGUACUAAAUAAGUGUGUACAUAGCAAAAUGUCUUUAUUGCGUGCUUUGCAGAACAUGUGCAUACAGUUUGCACGUCCUGUUUUGGGGGUAGGGUUUGUUUUAAGCAGUGUUUGCCUGGAGAGUGAUAUGCUUGCUGCUUAAAGGAUUAAAGUUUCAAAGAAAUCUGUGUCUUCUAUUUUUAUGUACCUUGUAACGGUCUGAUGUUAGGGCCCUUAUACUGUGAUUCUCUUCUAAAUUCAUUUAUAUUUUUUUAAGAAUUAGAAAUAAAAUUAUACAAUAGCGUUGAUUUCAGUGGGGAAUUUCUUUUGCCAUAUCUAGUCUCCUGUUUUGUAUUGUAGUCAUGAACUCUGACUUCAAGGUUGGCUUAAUUUUGUCACUUUAAAGAGGAAAAAAAAAAUAUGUAAAAUGUUUGCACACUAAAGUUUGGCCGAGAACGUGUAUCCUACAUUGUUCAAAGCUAAUGUAACUCUACAGCUUUUUGUACAGUUUAUUUUAGUUAAUAAAGCAAAAUGGUACUUAAAAAAUAAUGACAGAUUUUACAACCACGAGGCAUAAUCUGAACGACGUUGUCUUUUAGGUACAGCACUUGGAAAAUAUGGAUGUACAAGAACUAUCAGAUUUCAUUGUUGCACUUUAAGAAUGGGUAUGAAGCUAAGCAGGUAUUUCUGCAUUAAUAAAACAAUCACUAAAAAUGGCA